UCAAUGCUCUAACAUGUCAGACUCACUCAGGCUGUGGAUCAGAAGGAUGUAUGGUACUUGUGGACUCUGCGUUUCCUUCAUUUUGUUUUUUGGGAAUGCAAACUGUGUAACAAUUCAACAGACUCCAUCAAUCCUAGUCGAUGAAACCAAAACCAUUACAAUCAAUUGUAGCCAUGACGACAAUAGCUUAGACUCCAUGUAUUGGUAUCAGCAAAACCGCCAGACAGUUAUGGCACUGAUCGGAUAUACCUAUACAGCACUGAGUGAUCCAAAGUAUGAGGAUGAAUUUAAAGAUCAGUUCAAAAUAAUCAGAGAGGACACACUUACAGGACGUCUGACCAUCUCUAAUCUCCGUCAGUCAGAUUCUGCUGUUUAUUACUGUGCAGCCAGUCAGCACAGUGCUGCACACUUACACAACAGCCUUACUAAAACAUCUCACACAUCACAAGUGUGUUAUCUGGAGUGGGUUUUCUAUUACCAGCUGGUGUUUAUAAGCAUCUGGGACUUCCUGGUUUAUACGUGGAAGCUGAACACAUCCCACCCCUCUGUAACGGGACUUCCUGGUUUAUAUGUGGAAGCUGAACACAUCCCACCCCUCUGUAACGGUAGGGCAAACAGUGUGACAGUUGUACAGACUUCGUUCAUCCUAAUCAAUGAAACAGAAGAAAUUAAAAUCACUUGUAAACAUGAUGGUAGCAGCUUACGGAAACUCAGGCAGUACCCACCAGUAACAGAUGACGCAGAUCUCAGCAUGCUUGAGAAAUUUGUCAUCACUAUGUACAACAAGAACAGCACUGCUGAUGGGGUUGAUGAUGCAAGACUUGACACGUUUGCCCAGAAGCAACGGUCUUAUGAUGCCAUUCCACCCACAAGGGCAUCCCUUGAAGGAACAGGUUUCUACAAGUGGUAUUACAAGAACUCUUUAGGAAAAUCAGUGUAUUAUGUGAAAAGCAGACAAAUCCUGAAGGGUUAUGUUCAAAAAAAAAAAAAACAGCAGAUGAAUUUGUUCUCCAGCAAAGAGCAUGAAUGCACUUCAAGCCCUUUCUUUCUUAAGUGUUCAUGUUGUGCUAAUGGAUACAAUCCAGCUUACUUUGGUGAAGGAACCAAACUAACUGUUCUUGAUCCAGCCAUUGAUAUCACACCACCAACUGUCCGGGUGCUAAAUGUCUCUAAGAGUGAAGUGUGUACAAAAGAAAAUGUCACAUUGGUAUGUGUGGCUGAAGAUUUUUACCCUGACCAUGUGACUGUGUCCUGGGAAAUUGAUGGAGAACAACGUACCACUGAUGUUAGUACAGACAGUGCUCCCAUACAACAUGAUAAUAAGUUCUACAGCAUCUCCAGCAGACUGAACAUCUUUUACAAAGAGUGGACCAAAGGCAAAACCUUUACAUGUCUUGUCAGAUUCUUUAACGAGACAGAAAAGUACGAAAUCUAUUCCGACAGUAUAGUAGGACCUAAAAUUGCAGGUGAUGAGGAUAAUGCCGAAAGAUAUGCUCGAACAGUGAAAACAACUAUGCUAGCCUAUGGCAUGUUCAUUGCCAAAAGUUUUGCAUACGGCUUUUUCAUCCUGGUCAUCAUUAAGAAACAGGGUUUUAUUUCAAAGUAAAGGCAAUGAAACUGAUGGAGUCUGAUGAUGGAGAACAGCCAUGUGGUCAUGUGACAGAGGAAGAGGAAGAGUUUAUAUGAAUAUGCUAACAGCUAGUUCAGACAUGAGCUGUGUAUUUAAAAGCAUGAUUAUUUUCAAGCGCUUUGCUAAUUCUGCCCUACUUUAUUUAUCUUACUGUUGUCUUCAGUUUGGUUUAACAAAAUUUAUACUGUACAUAUUUUAUGAUGAAUAUAUAUAUAUAUAUAUAUAUAUAUAUAUAUAUAUAUAUUUUUUUUUUUUUUUUUUUUUUUUUUUUUUUUUACUCAGCACUUGUUCUUUCACUUGAUGUUUAAAACAAGAAUCUUUUGCAUUUUUUAAUGACUGUACACAUCAUUCAAGCUUGCCUGUAAUGCUUCAGUAUAAUGAUGAUUUUGGUAUUAAAACAAAAUGUAUGUUCGUUCAUGGCAUGAAAAAUAUUGCUGAAGGAUGUUUGCAACUUUAUUCACGUACAUUUCACAUACACGUGAUCCGAUGAUUUUCACAUGCGAUUAUGUGAGUCAUGUGUGGUCACAUUUGAAAAACAUGCGACUGUGCAUUUCAACGUGUUACGGCCUGAAAUUGCACAUGUGAAUUCAAGUAAACACACGAGAUAAAUAAAACAACGUGUCCUAAA